UAAGGCUUUCAAUGCUAACAUUUUUACCUGAUUAUUGAGAAAUGGUUAAUAAUACCAAGUCAAAGAUUUUGGUGACCCUUAACUCCAUGGUUACCGCCAACAAAUCCACUAUCUCCACUUCUCUGUCCCCAUUUUUUUCUCCCUUGUAGAUAACUAACCUCCAAUUUCAGUUUCACUUCUAUUUAACUUAAAGCCUAGCCAAAAGCCUUCAUAAUUUCUGAUGAUCCUGACCACACUUGCUAAAACAACAAUGGCUUCUCCUUUCAGCAAGUUGCAGGUUUUCCUUUUGUCUUUCCUGAUCCAUAUUUACAUAGCAAUUUGUGCCGAAUUUGAAGUUAAUGGAGAUAAUGGCUGGAUUUCACCAAAGCAUGACGAUCAAAUCUACAACAAAUGGGCAGCCAGUAACAGGUUCAAGGUUAAUGACACUAUCCAUUUUACGUACAAGAAAGACUCGGUGCUAGUGGUGACAGAAGAGGAGUAUGAUAAGUGCCAGCCCUCUCAUCCUCAAUUCUUCUCCAACAAUGGUGACACAGUCUUCAAAUUGGACCGACCUGGUUUGUUCUAUUUCAUCAGUGGGGUAACUGGGCACUGCCAGAAAGGGCAGAAGAUGAUCAUCAAGGUGUUGGAGCCAGCAAGUCCGCCGCAACAAUCCCAGAACAUGAACAGCACCUACAAUACACCAGAGACUAAGAAGAAUGGUGCAGUUGAGGUUGCCGCCGUAACCUCUUCUACUAUUAUGCUGCUUCUUAUAUCAGCUUUUUGCUAGCUUUUUAAUGUAGUUUUCUCUUUAGGAUUCAUGAUUUGUGAGCUUCAUA